AUGUUAAGAUCAACUACUCGUAAUACAUUAAGAUUGAGAACAACUUUACAAUCUUCAAAAUUUAUACCUAGAUCAACAAUUAAUACUAUAAAACCAAAUAUUAAACAAAAUAUAAGAUGUAUAUCACAAUUAUCAACAAUUAAAACUCCUCCAAAUUUAACAAAUGAACCAGUUAAAGAUUUUAGUUUUAAUGAUGUAAAAGAUUGGGAUUUAUUAAAAGCUUCAUUAACAAGAUUUACUGAUACUGAUAAUGAACCAUUAGCAAUUCCAUUAAUUAUAAAUGGUGAAAAAAUUUAUAAAGAUACAGAAAUAAAACCACAAUUAAAUCCAGCAAAUCAUUCACAAAUAUUAGCUAAUGUAUCACAAGCAUCAACUGAAGAUAUUCAAAAUGCUAUACAAUCAGCUAAAAAUGCAAAAUUAACUUGGUCACAAACUUCAUGGAUUGAUAGAGCUGCUAUUUUUUUGAAAGCUGCUGAUUUAAUUUCAACAAAAUAUAGAUAUGAUAUGUUAGCUGCAACAAUGUUAGGUCAAGGUAAAAAUGUUUAUCAAGCAGAAAUAGAUUGUGUUGCUGAAUUAAUUGAUUUUUUUAAAUUUAAUGUUAAAUAUGCUGAAGAAAUGUAUAGUCAACAACCUUUACAAACUUCACCUGGUGUUUGGAAUAGAGCUGAAUAUAGACCUUUAGAAGGUUUUGUAUAUGCUGUUACUCCUUUUAAUUUUACUGCUAUUGCUGCUAAUUUAGUUGGUGCACCUGCUUUAAUGGGUAAUACUGUUGUUUGGAAACCUUCUGCAACUGCUGCAUUAUCUAAUUAUUUAUUAUUAACUAUAUUAGAAGAAGCUGGUUUACCUAAAGGUGUUAUAAAUUUUAUUCCUGGUGAUCCAGUACAAGUUACUGAUAUUGUUUUAAACGAUAAAGAUUUUUCAAGUUUACAUUUCACUGGGUCAACAGAUGUUUUUAAAAAAUUAUAUAAACAAAUAAGUGAUAAUGUUUCAAAUGAUGUUUACAGGGAUUUCCCAAGAAUUGUUGGUGAAACUGGUGGGAAAAAUUUCCAUUUAAUUCAUAAUUCAGCUAAUUUAAAACAUUCAGUAUUAUCUACAUUAAGAGGUGCUUUUGAAUAUCAAGGACAAAAAUGUUCAGCUACUUCAAGAGUAUACGUUCCAGAAUCAAUGUGGCCUGAAUUUUCUGAAAAAUUAAGUUCUCAAAUGUCAACAAUAACUAUUGGAAAUACAACUGAAUCACAAACUAUUAAUUCUUUUAUGGGACCAGUUAUUCAUGAACAAUCUUUUAAUAAAUUAAAAACAGCAAUUGAUCAAGCUAAACAAGAUCCAGAAUUAGAAAUAAUAAGUGGUGGUUCAUACGAUUCAACAAAUGGUUAUUAUAUUCAACCAACAUUAAUUAAAACAACAAAUCCAAAUCAUGAAUAUUUAACAAAAGAAUUUUUUGGUCCAAUAUUAACAGCAUACGUUUAUCCAGAUUCAAAAUUUGAUCAAAUAAUGGAUUCAAUAGAUUCUAUAACAAAAUAUGGAUUAACUGGUUCAAUAUUUGCAAAAGAUCGGUCAAUAAUUCGUAAAGUUGAAGAAAAAUUAAGAUAUUCAGCUGGUAAUUUUUAUAUAAAUGAUAAAUCAACAGGGGCAGUUGUUGGACAACAAUGGUUUGGUGGUGCUAGAGCUUCAGGAACAAAUGAUAAAGCUGGUUCUGGAAAUAUUUUAUCUAGAUUUGUUUCUAUUAGAGCUAUAAAAGAAAAUUUUUAUGAAUUAAAUGAUUUUAAAUAUCCUUCAAAUUAUCAAUAG